CCCGCGGCGCCGGUGAACAAACAUGGCCCAGGUUGCGCGGGCGCUGUGGCCCUGCGGGCGCGCUCUGGCCUGGGGGCUGGCCCAUCGCCCCCCGCCCCGACUUCCCGUGCAGGGCCGGGCCGGCUUCGCGGGGACGGCGGGAGGGCCCGCCGCCACCGCCCGCAAGGGGAGCUCGCGGCUCCUAGGGGCGGCGGCGCUGGCCCUGGGGGGCGCCCUGGGGCUGUACCACACGGCGCGGUGGCACCUGCGCGCCCAGGACCUCCGCGCCGAGCGCUCGGCCGUGCAGCUCUCCCUGACCGGCCACCUGCAGCUGACCCUGUACCAGUACAAAACGUGUCCCUUCUGCAGCAAGGUCCGCGCCUUCCUCGACUUCCACGCCCUGCCCUACCGGGUGGUGGAGGUGAACCCCGUGCGCAAGGCCGAGAUCAAGUUCUCCUCCUACAGGAAGGUGCCCAUCCUGCUGGCCCAGGAAGGAGACAGCUUGCAACAACUGAAUGACUCCUCUGUCAUCAUCAGCGCCCUCAAGACCCACCUGGUGUCGGGGCAGCCCCUGGAAGACAUCAUCACCUACUAUCCGCCCAUGAAGGCCAUGAACGACCAGGGCAAAGAGGUGACCGAGUUCUGCAACAAGUACUGGCUCAUGCUGGACGAGAAGGAGGCCCAGCGAAUGUACAGUGGGAAGGAGGCGAGGACGGAGGAGAUGAAGUGGCGGCAGUGGGCGGACGACUGGCUGGUCCACCUGAUCUCCCCCAACGUGUACCGCACGCCUGCCGAGGCCCUGGCCUCCUUCGACUACAUUGUCAGGGAGGGCAAGUUCGGGGUCGUGGAGGGUGCUGUGGCCAAGUACAUGGGUGCAGCUGCCAUGUACCUCAUCAGCAAGCGGCUCAAGAGCAGGCACCACCUCCAGGACGAUGUGCGUGUGGACCUCUAUGAGGCCGCCAACAAGUGGGUGGCAGCCGUGGGCAAAGACCGGCCCUUCAUGGGGGGCCAAAAGCCGAACCUGGCUGAUCUGGCCGUGUAUGGCGUGCUGCGUGUGAUGGAGGGCCUGGAGGCCUUCGACGACCUCAUGCGCCACACCCACAUCCAGCCCUGGUACCUGCGGGUGGAGAAGGCCAUUGCUGAGGCACCGCACUGAGCUGAGCGUCCCAGGACGAGAGGCAACGGAAGAUGCUGGCUGCCUGGCAAUGCUGUGCAGUGGCGACAGGCUCUUUCUGCCCCUUGUCGACCCCCAGCCCUCUCCCUUCUAACACUGGACGCCUGCUGGGGCGCUGGGACGUUGGGGACAAAGCCCAGAAUUUCCGUUCACACUCCCCCUGAGGCACGGAGGGCCACCCACCUGACCCCCUGCCCUGGCUUCCCUACUCUUCAGCCGUUUUCCAGGGCCCUCCGUGGCUGCCCUGUCUACCCCCUGCAGGUGGCAUUUGGGCCAGGCUCCUGCCCUGGACAAGGGAAGUAGGGACAGUCAGUUUAGGGAGGGCUCAUCCCUGGCUUCCCCUGGUUCCUGCUCUUCCCAGGCGCCCCUGGGACUGUGUGUCAUGUUUGCAAUAAAGAAACGGUUUGUGGCCCCCCUCGGGGGUGCUGAAA